AGCCCUGCGAAAGGUGGUCACGUGAUGUUACCCAGCUACAGGUGACGCCGGCAGCGGCCGCAGCAGCAGGUGGCAUGGCGGCAGAUUUGACUCCCCGGUUCCGUAGGAUCCGCAGUAUGGGCGAGCUGCGGGCGCGGCGGAGAGGCUACACAGGACCUUUCCAGGCCACCCAUUUGUGGAACAGUAUCAUAAAAGCCCUGAACACACAAGUGGAAGUUAAGAACAGACGGCAGCAUCUUCGUACUUACCCAAACUGCUUUGCAGGGUCAGACGCUGUGGACGUUGUACUUUGCCAUCUCAUGCAGAAUAUGUAUUUAAGCAGCUAUGAUAUUUCACGCACUAAAGGAGUACAGCUGUGCCAAGCCCUCAUGGAUCACAAAAUAUUCAAACCUGUUGGUGCAAAACCUUUUAAGGGUGAAGUUGAACCGGUCUUCGAGGACAGUAAUAAUAAUUUCUAUAGAUUCCUAGAGUCCAGAGGAGCUGCCGACUGCUCACCCAGUGACAACAGCUAUGGAAAAGAGAAGAGGCGGUCCAGAAGUGGGCGUGUUGUAACAAUAUGUAACCCCACAGCCCUGGAUUCUGCCAAUGAGAAACUGAGCCAGCUCUUGCACUGUAUCUGUGAGCAUCCUAAUGCACAGCUGAAUUCUGAUCUCCCCAAACCAACCAGUGCCCCUUCACAGAAAGAUAUUGAAAAUGUGUGGAAACAGCAGGUUAUGGUGCGGCUUCUGCAGCUCAUUCACAUUCCUGUCUUGGAAGAAGUCUUAGCCUCCCCAGCUAAAGCAGACUACAAGAAGCAUUUUACAGACUUUAUUGUUUCUAAUACAUUUCUGGAUAGAGAAAUUCUGCAGACGCUAAGCUUGCCUAAGUUGGAUAGAUGGCUUGCUGCGGCAGUAGAGUGUUUGGAGUAUUUCCCUGAUGAACAUAUCGUGACGCUAAGUCAGCAGUUGUCUCACAGUAAUGGAGAUGUUGAAAAUCAGGACUUGUGCAAGAAGAUGCUCUUUGAAGUCAUUGCUAAAUAUUAUGCUCAUGAAAGAGGUCCUUUUUUGGACAGCCGAAUGGUUGAAAUUCUUACGGGAAUUGUUGAACUCUUGGAACAUGGCAAAAGAAGCCAAGCGUUAGAAGCUGUCCAGCUUUACUUAAGGUUGCUAAUGCCAAAAGCAAGAGAGGAGCUCCGUCGUUUACUAAUGUUUAUGGCGACCGCAUCUGAAUCUGAUGCCUACCGGCUGCAGAAGCAGUUUGAUAACAAAGUGAUGGUGUUAAAAACAUUCACAAAGGUUAUUGUUAAUAACCCCACGGUAUCUAAAGCCCAAAGUGAAGAAUUUACUAUGUUUUUGGUGAACAAUUCCAGUGACCUAUUUAAGACACCUAUGGAGUUACUGGAUCUUGUUAGUACAAAGUUAAGAUGCCUGCAGAAUGGAGCAGAUCCGGAUGUCCUUUCAGGCUUUACAUUUUGUCAGCGUUUAACUGCUGAAGAGUAUGAAAGACAGCGUUUUACCAACACCAGAAUGGAGGUGAAACGGUUGAUGGAGCUGGUGGACAGGAGUUGUACAGUUCCUGAGAAGAAGAAGAAAAAAAUGAUGAAAGAAUUCCAAAAAUAUCACCCUUCAGCCUGCAGCAGCCAUGUUCCCACCUGAUUGGUUUCCAGCGAGAGCCAUUAUGCACCUUUACCAACUUAAUUUGUUUGGUUAUAUAUAGUAUGUUAAGCUUGUGUGUAUCUUGAGGAGAAGAUAAGGAAGAGUAGAGCUCUUUGACACAGAUUGCUGUGAUUAUGUAUAGAUGAUUUAUAUGGAAUGGACUCUGCUUUUCCCUGGAGCGGUUUGCUACUAAGUUCUGUGUGUAACUACUGAUAUAAAGUUUAUAUGUCACCUAUACAGAAUACAGCACAAGCUAUUUUGAGCCAGCAUUCAUGAGAAAGCAGCCUAUCCAUACACUAUGAAUGAACCAGUGACCUCCGUGUAAUACUCGUUGAUUCAGUGUCUUAUGAGCCUGCUUACCCAGCCGCCACAACUGCUACCUCCACUAUGUGAAGGCAGCAGGAAAAUGACAGCAUUAGCUACUGAUGAUGUGCUGAGGGUAGGUUGGGCAACUGCACAAUUUUAGAUUUUUAUCAUGAAAAUAUGAAGUACUGUAGAUGGGGUUUUUUUUUGUUUGUUUUUUUACCUCGAAUCAACUAAUAUAUUUUUGCUAAGUUCUAAAAAAGAAUGUGCUAUAUAAAUGUAUAGUGCAAAUAAUUUUAAGGGAUUAAGUGCAAUUAAUUGUACUGUAUGUGAGUAAUAUUUCUAACUGUGAAUAUAGGCUAAUUCUUUUGUUUUUUGUCUGGUCUUUAAUAAAAGCUUAUCCAUGUGCUACCACAACACAAGCAUAGAUCAAGGAUUUGUUUUAUGAAGUAUAUCGGAACCUCAUUCUACAUAGGAAGAGAAGUGUUACUACAGGAUGACAUACAGUUAUGGGGACAUUUGCGUAGUACAAGACAUAAUUCUUUCCUAAAUCAGAAGAAAAGUUGAAUAAUUACUGUUUAAAAAAAUGGCCAGACUUGGUUUUUAUCUGCUGUAAAAUUCUAGAUGUCUAUAAAGGAAUGAAUUAUUUGUUUUUAUUCAGGAAAAA